CCAGGUGCGCUGCCGCCGCCGCCGCCGCCCGUGGGCUCAGGAAGUGCUGUCACGGCGUGUGCCGGGCGCGGAGGCUCCUGAGGACCGGGCUCGCCAGACCUUUCUGCCGGCGGGCGCCGAGCUGGGGUCGCCGCCAUGAGCAAGAUCUCCAAGUUCUUCAAGGGGGGCGGCUCGGCCGCCUCCAAGGGCCGCGGGGGUCCCUCGCCGCAGGAGGCGCUGGCCCGGCUGCGAGAGACGGAGGAGAUGCUCAGCAAGAAGCAGGAGUACCUGGAGACGCGGAUCGAGCGGGAGCUGGCGCUAGCGCGGCAGCACGGCACCAAGAACAAGCGAGCUGCCUUACAAGCGCUGAAGAGAAAAAAGAGAUAUGAGAAACAGUUGAAUCAAAUUGAUGGGACACUUUCAACCAUUGAGUUCCAGAGGGAGGCACUGGAAAAUUCCCACACCAACACAGAAGUGCUCAAGAAUAUGGGUUAUGCUGCACAAGCUAUGAAAAAAGUACAUGAAAAUAUGGAUUUGAACAAAAUUGAUGAUUUGAUGCAAGAUAUCACUGAACAGCAAGAUGUUGCCCAAGAAAUUUCAGACGCUAUCUCAAGCCGAGCCACCUUUGGUGAUGAGUUUGACGAGGAUGAGUUGAUGGCAGAAUUAGAAGAACUGGAGCAAGAAGAACUGAACAAGGGAAUGAGAGAUGUCACAUUGCCAAGUGUUCCAUCCACAUCGUUGCCUUCUCAUCCUGCAUCGACCAGGAAAAGAACAGAAGAUGAAGAUGAAAUGAAGAAACUGGCUGCCUGGGCUUCAUAAGAGCAUGGUCUUUUUAUAACAUUGAACCCUGUAACGCAGAAUGUAAGGAGCUGCACUGCUGUUUUAUAACCACACUGAUUUACUGUGGUUGCAUUUCAUACAGGCUGGGUUUUUUUAUGGCACAUCUUGCUGAGACUAGUGUUACUCCCAUAUUACAAAACUAGCUGAAAAACCAGCAAACAAAAGAAUUAAAUAGUUGCCUAAAACUUCAGGCAUUUUUUUUUCAGCCUCGUCAAGAGAUUUGUUUUAUUAUUAGUAUCAGUUUUUAAUAGGUACUAUCUUACCAUGUCUGUUGGUUUGUAAAACCCAUGUGCCUCACUUAUGCUCAAAGCAGGAUUCAUUUUUGAAAUGAGAAAGUUUAGGAAGUCAUCAGGGCCCUAUAACUAGAGGAUUAUUUGGUUCAGACUAUUUGAAUAUUAGCAAAACAGCUUAAUACGUAUCCUCACUUGCAAGUUCUUUGAGCCCAAGAACUAAUAACUAUUCAUUUGGACAUGAAGAUUCAAACAGUCUUCCUGGAGGAACUUAUGGUGUCCUAGAUAUUAAGAGGAAGCUCUUCUGUAGGCUUACUUAAGUGGGAUGUGUUAUUUGUUUUAAUUGGCCAAAAUGUCCCAUGCACUUCUAUAGGUCAAGUUGCAUUGUAUUUUGGACUAUUUCUGACUAGGUUACAGAAUUACAGUGAUCAAGGAAAGCAAAAUGUCUAGGUUCUUACAGAUUCCUGCCAAACACUAGUGAUUUUCAUUCAGCCUGUCAAAAAUCCAGAAGAGAUUUGACCUUGCUGUUUUCUUCUCCACUACCUUGUCUCUUUCUAGGAUGAGUCUGUACUUUGUAUGACAACGCUCAUCCUCAUCGAAGGAAUUAGCAACACAUUUUUAGUUACACAAUUUCAAAAUAGUUUUAAUUUCUGAGCAUCUGGUUCUUUUCUCUUACUCACUUUGUGAAUGGAAAUGAUACCAGUGUGUUGCAUUUGCAAGGCCUUUUUAAACCCUGGUUAAGAGCUGCUUCUGGGUUACUUGUAAAGUUGGUGUGUUACUGUUCAACAGCAUUUUAGCCUAAGGAAAAAAUGCCACUCUUGAAUGCUAAACUACUACAUAUAUGGAGAGAUUGCUGUUCAAAUACAGCCCAAAAAUUAAAUAGGCUGCUUUGUACUAACAAAAUAUUAAAUAAAUCUUAAGCUCUAUGCUAGUAGCCUGCUGUUAAUCACAAGGAAAUAGUAGAACAGUGUGGAGUUCCUAGCGGUGUAGGAAGCAGAGUCCUUUAUCUAGAUUUCUUGUUUUUAAAUUAAUUUAAAUUUAGUGAUGACAGAACCACCUGGGGAAUAGUGGUGGACUUGGUUUCUGUAGGUCUUCAGCCACAGAAGACUGACUCAUUCUCCUGCAGGCUUUACCCUGUGAUUUGCUGGGUGUUCAGCUUCAACAGGCUUCAAUAGCCUUCAGCUUAAUGGAUUUUAGGUUAAGUAUAUAAUGUGUUUCUAGACAUGGUCUGCUCAGAGCCUUUCAAGUUGAACCCUAUGGAUGUAACCCAAAAUGUAUAAACCCUUUGGAGAGUUUGACUUUUUCAGGACUUCCAUUCUCUGUGGAGAAAUUGCUUUUGGAUUGUAUCUGUAUGAGAGUUGAAUCAAGCCUUGCCACUUUGGAUAAUUUUCUUACUGGAAAAAACUGUGUGUGUUAAUUCUGUCCUAAAAUUUGGAGGUACCAAGAAUAUGUUCCCUUUUUGUUCAGAGUAGAGAAAGUCUGGAAUUAUUUAGUUUUUGUUUUAAAUACAAAAUAAAACAGAAGGAAAAAAAAGAGGACAGAACUGCCUUAAAUUUAAAAAUACAUUUUGAACUCUCAAAGAGUAGGAAACCAAAUACUAACAAAAUGCUACUUGGUUUUAAUGCUUGCUGAAAUUCAGCAUGAGAAUGCUAGCUGAAAGCAGAAUACUUAGUAAAAUAUUCAAAGUUAUUUCAUAUCCAUUUGCUAAUCCUUCUGGCUGAGUCCUGUGUUCAAGGUGUGCAGUUUAUGCAGGUCUCAGAAUUGUGUACAGAACAUAUCAGCACACACUGGGUGUAUGACUGUGCAAGGCUGGCAGUGUCUUUGUGGACACUUCUGGUAUUUCUAAAUAUGAGGCCAUGCCAACACAAUCCCGUAGUUAGUUUGGAAAAGCUGGCUUCCAGCCUCUGUUCUUGGUUGAAUUAGUAGUUUAAGAAUGCUUAGCUCUUAUGUAGGUAGCACUUCGCAUAUUCAAAGUGCUCUACAACCUAAUGGGUCUCUAAGUUUCUAUUUUGAAACUAAAAUGACUUUCAGUCUGCCUUGGAAAAUGUGGGCCUACUGUUUUUGAAUAAGAACUUUGCAUGUGAACACCCCUCACUGGAGACAAAAUAUUCCUGUAGAGAUCUUCUUCUUUGCAAACCAGUGUUUGACUGCUGCCCUCCAGCAAUGUUUUGGCCAAAUGCUGAUCCUGAAGAAGUUUCAGGUGUUUUCAGCUUAUUAAUGUUCAUACCAAGCACUUUAAAAACAAAACUUUUGAAAGGUGAGGAAAUGAAAAUGAAUAUUCAGGUGAGCUUAUGUAUAGUAGCUGGUGAUCCUGAAAGACAGACUCAUGUACCAGUUCAUAAGCCAGGAUGUUGGUUGGUGAAAUUAUACUCAGAAGCACUGUAGUGAUACACAGAAAUGAAAAUACACCAUGGACCUCCGUAACUGGAGUGUUUGUUUUGGUUUUUUUUUUUUUUUUUGACAACAGUUUUCUUCAAGGGAAAAGGGGUUGUAGGGAUUUAAUUCAGCUGAGGGAGUGGCUGUUUCCUGUGUAAAUUUGGAUAACAGUGGGACAAAUGGCCCUUUUGUAUUUGAACAUAUGCCUCUCUUCAUGCCAAGAUGGUAUUUGUUUAGUAUGUAAGCAGUUGAGAGUGAAUAGUGUCAAUGUGUUAUUGUAAAUGUACCCUGCUAACUGGAACAUAUUUUACAGGAGGACUGUUGCAGCAGAUGGUGUACUAUAACUGACUUCCUUUCUUGUUGUUUAUUUAUUCUGAGAUUAUUUGUUUCUCAUAACAGGCUUAGACACUUUUAACCUGGAUAACUUUAAAAAGGAGAAAAGAAAGUAAUAAAAGUAAAACCAAUUAAUGUAUGUAUAUAUAUAUACACACUGUAAAUAAAUAUUUUGGUGUCA